GAGAACGUCUGCGCUUCGUUAACUGUAUCGUAAUUAACAAACAACAAUGAAUAUUCUGAAGAAAAAGAAGAGGAUUUGUUUGUUUACAACAUUUUAAGGGAAUUAGCAAUUUUUCAAAUAAUUACUUCAUAAAUUAUGAGCAAAGAAGGUGAAACGAGCAAUUUAAAACAUAAAUUAGUUGACACAAACGAUGAAAACGGAAGGGGGGAAAAAGAAGACGGUGAGUGGAUUGUAGGCCCUUUUCCUGCAGAAGCUAACGUGACUAAAUCAAAAAAGAGAAAAGUACUGCCUUAUGAAAAGGUCUACUUGGAAAACUUACCUGAUGCCGAUUGCUAUGAAAAAAGCUACAUGCAUCGUGAUGUUAUUACGCAUUUGGUAGCAACGAAAACGGAUUUUGUUAUAACUGGCAGUCUAGAUGGUCAUAUAAAAUUUUGGAAGAAAAUGGAUGAAGGAAUCGAAUUCGUUAAACAUUUUCGAAGUCAUUUAAUGCCUUUACAUGCGUUGGUUACCAAUGCUAACGGAAAUCUUCUAUGCUCAGCAUCGGCUGAUAAAUGCGCCAAAAUUUUUGAUGUUAUUAAUUUCGACAUGAUAAACAUUAUUAAGUUAGAUUUUACACCUUUAACGGCUUGUUGGAUACAUUCUCCAGGCGAUGCAGUAGAGAGUCUGGCUGUCACCGAUAAGGAUUCAAAUAAGAUUUACAUUUACGAUGGCCACGUUGUUUUACAAGUGCUACACAAACAUUUAGCUCCAGUUAUAGUGAUGUCCUAUAAUGUACCAAUGGAAACGGUCAUCUCAAUAGAUCGCAAUGGCAUUUUAGAAUAUUGGCAAAAUUCUAAAUACGAUUACAAAUUUCCUCAAAAAUUGGUAAAAUUCACUUCGAAAUUAGACACAAGUCUCUUUGAAUUUGCCAAAUGCAAAACUCUGGUUACUGGUCUGACAAUAUCCCAAGAUGGCAAACGUUUCGCUACUAUAUCCACUGAUCGCAAAGUCCGUGUCUUCCAAUUUUCGACCGGCAAAUUGAUUCGCAUUUAUGACGAGGCUUUAAAUACUUACACACAAAUGCAACAAACUCCUCACGCUUUACCAAAUAUGGAAUUUGGCAGAAGAAUGGCCGCUGAAAGAGAUUUAGAAAAGUCGGAUUUCAACACGCAUAAUAAUAUUAUAUUCGAUGCAAGUGGCCACUUCAUAUUAUAUCCCACAUUGAUGGGUAUCAAAAUUAUUAAUCUAGAAACCAAUCGAUGUGUUAACAUCCUAGGGAAAACCGACAACAUAAGACCUCUGCAUAUAAGUCUAUUUCAAGGGAAAGCCAAAAAAAAGGCAGCGAUCACAAUGGAACAGGAAGCAAGUGACAAUCCUGCUUUGCAACCAAUGGCCAAUGAUCCUACGUUAUUUUGCACGGCUUACAAGAAACCCCGAUUUUAUCUAUAUAGCCGACGUUUACCUUCGGAUCUUCAAGACGUUGAUCGCGAUAUAUUCAAUGAGAAACCGUCCAAAGAAGAUAUUAUUGCUGUACCGGAAGGUCAAGAAGAAGGUAUUCAAAGGAUUUAUGAAAACGUGGCACUUCAUACCACAAUGGGCGAUAUACAUAUGAAACUGUUUUACAAAGAAUGUCCGAAGACCGUGGAAAAUUUUUGUGUUCAUGCUAAAAAUGGUUACUACAAUGGACAUAUAUUUCAUCGAGUAAUUAAAGGUUUUAUGAUUCAAACUGGUGAUCCUACUGGCACUGGAACCGGAGGUAAAUCUAUAUGGGGCCAUGACUUCAAAGAUGAAUUUGUGCCUAGUCUUAAGCACGAUCGUCCCUACACUGUCAGUAUGGCCAACGCGGGACCCAACACUAAUGGCAGUCAAUUUUUUAUCACUGUUUUACCUACGCCUUGGUUGGAUAACAAGCAUACGGUUUUUGGACGUGUCUUUAAAGGCAUGGAAGUGGUGCAAAAUAUCUGCAAUGCUAAAGCAAAUCCGAAGACAGAUAAACCUUAUGAUGAAAUUAAAAUUAUAUCCGUGCAUUUGAGCAAUUAGUACGACCGACGAAUCGUCGGGGAAAGUGUUUAUGUGGAUAGAAUUGCUUAAGGAUAAACAAGACAGUAACUGAAAACUAUGGAAUUAUACGUAACCUGGAAAAAAUGUCGAAAUUGAAGUUAUUAAGAAAAUAUUAUUGGCUAAAAAAAAACCAUCAACACUUGACCCUGUUAUCAGAAAGGUUUUUGAAAGUAAGCCUAUGUCAAGUCAAGGUCAAUCACCAAACACCUACCCCACA